AGUUUCGGGGGCGGGACCGGGAAGCAUUUCCGGGGGCGGGAGGCGCAGGCAGAGUCUGUCGCGGCGGCGACGGCUUGAACAGGCCUGGCGCCGGCGGCGGAGAAGAUCCCUUGGGUUGGGGAUGUGAGCGGUGAGCCCUUGGCAGCACUGAACAAGAUUUGUGAUGAAAUGGAGCCUGGAACAAACUCUUUUCGAGUAGAAUUUCCUGAUUUUUCCAGCACCAUUCUACAGAAACUGAACCAGCAGCGCCAGCAAGGACAGUUAUGUGAUGUCUCCAUUGUUGUCCAAGGCCACAUUUUCCGGGCACACAAAGCUGUUCUUGCUGCAAGUUCGCCCUACUUUUGUGACCAGGUACUCCUGAAAAAUAGUAGGAGAAUUGUUUUGCCUGAUGUGAUGAACCCAAGAGUGUUUGAGAACAUUCUCCUGUCUAGUUAUACAGGACGUCUGGUAAUGCCUGCUCCAGAAAUUGUUAGUUACUUGACAGCAGCAAGCUUUCUCCAGAUGUGGCACGUGGUAGACAAAUGCACUGAGGUUUUAGAGGGAAACCCUACUGUCCUUUGUCAGAAGCUAAAUCAUGGCAGUGACCACCAGUCUCCAAGUAGCAGUAAUUAUAAUGGCCUGGUAGAGAGCUUUGAGCUGGGCUCUGGGGGUCAUACUGAUUUCCCCAAAGCCCAAGAACUGAGGGAUGGCGAGAAUGAAGAGGAGAGCAUCAAAGAUGAGCUGUCAUCUCAGCUCACCGAGCACGAGUACCUGCCCAGCAACUCGUCCACAGAGCAUGACCGGCUGAGCACUGAAAUGGCGAGCCAGGAUGGGGAGGAGGGGGCCAGCGACAGCGCCGAGUUCCACUACACCCGGCCCAUGUACAGCAAGCCCAGCAUAAUGGCUCACAAACGCUGGAUCCACGUGAAGCCUGAGCGCCUGGAGCAGGCUUGCGAGGGCAUGGAUGUGCACGCAGCCUACGACGAGCACCAGGUCACUGAGUCCAUCAACACUCUGCAGACAGAGCACUCGAUCCAGCCUUCAGGGGUGGAGGAGGACUUUCACAUCGGGGAAAAAAAAGUGGAAGCAGAGUUUGACGAACAGGCUGAUGAAAGCAAUUACGAUGAGCAGGUGGAUUUCUAUGGCUCUUCCAUGGAAGAGUUUUCUGGAGAGCGGUCAGAUGGGAAUCUAAUUGGGCACAGACAGGAGGCUGCCCUAGCAGCAGGCUACAGUGAGAAUAUCGAAAUGGUCACGGGAAUUAAAGAAGAAGCUUCCCACUUAGGAUUCUCAGCCACCGACAAGCUGUAUCCUUGUCAGUGUGGGAAAAGUUUCACUCACAAGAGCCAGAGAGAUCGACACAUGAGCAUGCACCUCGGUCUCCGGCCUUACGGCUGUGGUGUCUGUGGUAAGAAAUUCAAAAUGAAGCACCAUCUCGUGGGCCACAUGAAAAUUCACACGGGCAUAAAGCCAUACGAGUGCAAUAUCUGUGCAAAGAGGUUUAUGUGGAGGGACAGUUUCCACCGGCAUGUGACUUCUUGUACCAAGUCCUACGAAGCUGCAAAGGCUGAGCAGAAUACAACUGAGGCUAACUAAAAAUAGGAUCUGGCCCUUGAGUGGCAUGCACAAAAAUAAACUAUGGUAAUUAAUGCAAAUCUGGGCACAGAUGAUGCGAGCUACUUGCUAUUAUGAGAGAAGCUUAAAAAAAAGGAAGAUAUUUCUGAAAGACCAGCUCUAAGUAGGCCAAUUAAAAAAUCUAAUUCCUCAAAUUUGUGUGUUCCAGUCCUGGCCUGGAAUGGGUAAUGGGGGCAAGUUAGCCCACGGCCCAGCUGGCAAGGUAAACCUUCAGGCCAGUCGUGAUUGCAGCAGGUGGACUUAGACACCUGCACUUGGAACUGGACUCCAGCCUACCAGUUCCAUUUCACGUGGCAGCAGUUCUUGAUCACUCCUUAUUACGAGGUCAUGCGGAAAUUUUUUUGCUCUUACUAUAGAUACUUAGGUAAUGUGGAUUUGUUCUGGUAGCUGCUUCACUGAAUGAAAUGCUCCUUAUGUAAAAGCUAUAAAUAAUGUGAUUCCUAGGAUGAGCAAUUGAUUAACAGAGCUCUCUUGUCUGGUUUUAUUCUUUCUAAAGGGUAUUCUAAGUAAAACUAUAGAGAUGCUAGAGGAUGACAUUCUAAAUAUGAAACAAAUAACUUACGGUACUAGCUUCAAUUUCUGUAAGAUGCCACUAUUGUCACAAGAUGUUUCAAACUCUUGGUAAGGGAAAAUUUUGUAUUUUAGUACUAAUGUUGAGUUUGAACAGUUGUAUCUAAUUGUAAUUCUCUACGGUGCCAGAGAUAGGUAUUUCUAAUUGGUUUGCGGUCCCAAAUCCUAUGCGUUUAAUUGUAGCGUCCACGCAGUGGGAUCUACUCUGCAAAUGGUAGGCAUCUAGCCUGCUGGGACUCUGACCACAAUCUGCUGCCGUCGCUCUGUCUUAGAUCAUGGUGCUUCCCAAAGAGGACAGUCAGUGACCACAGUUAGUGGGAAGAAGCCAAAAGCCAUGGCUGGGAGUUACCUGUGAACUUUAGGAGUUAAUGGAGUGCUACAGUGACACUCCAACGAACAGAGUGAGAGUUGUGGAGAAGCAGAAUUUUAGGAGUGGCAGGUUAUACUUGAGGGAGGAAAAACUGCCCAAGAAAAGCAUCUUGAGAAUACACUGAUGGGGGAAAUACUCUUCAGAGAGGUACAGAGCUAAUCCUGCCAGCUCUUUAUGAGUGCUGGAAUGUGUUUUUAAAAGGGGAAAGGAGUCCUAAUUUUAGCAAAGUAGUCUACAGAUUCAUGCUCCCAAAUCGUAGAUAAAGCUGCUUAA